AGUGGAAAAUGAAGUUUGGUUUGGAGUUUGGACACACUUUGUUUUUUGUUUGGUGGAAGCUUCAUAACUUGUGCCAGCUAACCCCAUUAAAUUAUUCUUUUGCUGAGAAGUCUUUUCUUUUUUCUUUUUGUGCUUUUCCUUCCUUCUCAAUUAUUUUAUGAACUCUAACUCUUAACUCUGUCUGCUUCAUUCCACUUUGGCCCUCACUGGAAAAGGAGUAGUAGUGGUACUUAAAUGCCAUUAAAAGUUAAGUGAUCUUUUGAAGUAUGAUACAGGUGGUGUGGGUGUGAUCUAUCUAUCUACAACCCCUGGACUUUUUAUCACUCUUGUUUUCUUGCUUUGUCUUUUGAUGAUUGGGGGUUAUCAUUUAGGACUUAGGAGUUUGCACAAAGUACAAAAAGCAGAUAAAUGAUGCCCCUUACUGCGGAAAGGGCAUGCCUGUGUAUCUUUGGGGGUUAUAUAGGGUUUUUGGCUGAGCAGCAAUUUGUUGUUGUUGUAAUCAAUUUUUGAAGAAAAGAUGGGGAAGACAGCAGCUUCCAAUCCUGCUUUGCAAGUGUCUGUUUCAUUUGGUAGAUUUGAGAAUGAUUCCUUGUCUUGGGAGAAAUGGUCUGCUUUCUCCCCAAAUAAGUACUUGGAAGAAGUUGAGAAGUGUGCCACUCCUGGAUCAGUUGCUCAGAAGAAAGCUUACUUUGAAGCUCAUUACAAGAACAUUGCGGCUCGGAAAGCCGAAUUGCUGGCACAAGCGAAACAGAUGGAGAAAGAUUCUCCUAGAUCACAACGUCAAAAUGGUGAAGAUCUGAGUUGUAACACUUGUGGGACUGAUGCAGAAUGUGAUAUGUCCUCUACUCAGGGUUCUAGUGAAGGGGUUAAGCAAGAAACCAAUUCAAUUGGUGAGAUUGUUAGGACUGAUGUGAGUAAUUUAAUGGAGGAUGUUGCAGUUUCAAUAGAUUAUCAAGGUUCAUCAGUUGAGGGAGAGAAAGAGAAUGAAGAACUGGAAAGCAGAUUAGGUAGUUCCCAGAUAGAUAAACAUGAAGAAGUUGUCUGCGUUGAACAAGGAGGAAGUAAAGAAGAAAGUCCUAACACUGAAGCUGAAGAUGUGAAGGAAAUUUCACACAAUGUGAACAAUGAGCCUGCAAAGACUUCAGAAAAUGAAGCAAAAUAUGUGACAUUGGAUCAUCCAAAGGUAUCUAAGAAGGUUACCCCUGUGAACAGAGAAAGCAAUGCAACAAAGGCGAAGAAGAAAUCGAUGCUAUCUACUUCUAAGCCUAAGGCAUCCCAAUUUUCUACCCCUAGAAGUUCAAAGCCUACAUCAACUCCCACCAAGACAUUGGCAUCUGCCUCUUCAACUAAAAGGGGAAUUUCUCCAUCCAUAUCUGGGAGGAAAAUUAAUUCCACUUCAGAGAACAGAAAAGUUCCAAAUAAAUCUUUGCACAUGUCCCUUAGCUUGGCUCCAAGCCAACCUGAUCCUGCUUCGCAUACUACAAUGAGGAAAUCUUUGAUUAUGGAGAAAAUGGGGGAUAAGGACAUAGUCAAACGAGCAUUCAAGACUUUCCAGAACAAUUUCAAUCAGCCAAAAACUUCUGGUGAAAACAAAUCUUUGGUAAAAGAAAAGGUUCCUUCAAAGGUGACAGAGUCAAGGAAUCCAACAUCUAUAACCUUGAGAAAGGAAGAUGGACAGUCACCUAAGGUUGACAGUAUGGAUAGAAGAAGUGUGAAUGCUGUUCGAACUGCUUUCGGCCUAAAAGGUGACGUUAAAGCAGAGAAAGGAAAAGAGUUUCCGAGAAAAAUAGAUGAAAAAUUUAAUUCAAAAGAGGUAGAAAGAACGCAUCUUCAACUGAAAUCAAAGGGGGAAAAGAUAAAACAUAUUUCCAAAGCCACACACUUGCCAGCUUUUCACUGGGGUCAGAAAGCAUCAAAAAGUCAUCCAGAAAAGGGGGAUGUUAAGAUUGAGAAAUGGAGGUAGCCUAAAAUCAAGAGAUGGGAUUGAAUACAUCAGUGGGCGUCUAAGAUCUAUAUGUUCAGAGGAAAUGCUUAUGGCUACAACUCAAGUCACACUAUGAUGAUAUUUUAGUUUAGACUCUAGUCUGCAACAGGGGAAAAAUUAUCUAGUUAUAUAAGACUAUAGGAGCAUAUGAACAAUGUGAGGAGGAGGAGGAAGGACUAAAGCUUCAGUUAUUCAUAAUAAAUUUCUUGUGAGAAAUAAUAUUGUAUAACUAUAAUGUCUAAUAUGAGAAAUGUAUGCAUUUCUAAUAAUUAAUUGCAUCAUUUACAUUCUAUGA